GUAAAAACAGAAAAACAUUGUUCUUGAAAUGACGGUGAUUCGAGCACCGUCCGAUGACGACAACGAAAAAGAGGCCGUUCAAACUGAUGCCGACAGUGGUGUGGCGAAAGCCGUCGGCAAAAGUAUCAAGUACAUCCGCAGCGUCCUCGGCCUCAAGAAGACUCGGCGGCGAAGAAGAAAAAGCCUCAGGCCGCCCUCGGGGUUCAAGGCGUCCAGGAACCCCUUCUUCAACUUCCUGCGCCACCUGCAAGCCGAGCUCGACGGCAUGUCGGCGGCCGAGGUGGCGCGCGAGGGCGGCCGGCGCUGGAGACUCAUGUCGGACCGCGAGAAGGAGCCGUACAGGCGGCUGGCCCGCCGCGCCCCCAGGUCCAAGGGUGGCGACGUCAUGACGGUCAGCAGCAGGGUCGCCUCCAGGAGGGGCGGGGGCUCCAGGGCGGCGCGGGGCAGGAGCCGCAGCAGGAGCAGGGGCGCGAGGGCGGGCAGGAGCCACAGCAGCAGGGGCGGGCGGAGGAGUGCGAGCCGCAGGAGAAGCAGGAGAGGCUAG